GUGACCGGGGGCCGCGUGUCUACAGGGUCUCUGGCUGCAACGCGCAGUGUUGGGAGCCCUGGAGACGGACUGCCUGGGUCCAGAUCACCCCCCGCCCCCAAUUCCUGGGUCCGGGAACCCUGCCCGUCACUUAAUCUCUGUGUACCCCAGUUUCUUCAAGUGUAAAAUGCGCGAAAUAAUAGUACCCUACCUCAUAGGGUGGUAGUGCGGAUUCCCUGGGCUUAGACGUGCUUGGAAGCGAGUGUGAUGCUCAGUAAAACUAUUAAAUAACAGAUGCGGGUGAAAGAGCCAUCCAAAGUUUUAUCUGAGAAAGCCAAAAGAAGUAAAAGGCCGACAAUACCUCAUGAUGAAGACUCUUCAGAUGACAUUGCUGUAGGUUUCACUUGCCAACAUGUAAGUCAUGCUGUCAGUGUGAAUCAUGUGAAAAAAGCAAUAGCUGAGAAUCUGUGGUCAGCUUGCUCAGAAUGUUUAAAAGAAAGAAGAUUCCAUGAUGGACAGCCAGUACUUUCUUCUGAGAUUUGGUUGUGCCUCAAGUGUGGUUUUCAGGGAUGUGGUAAAAACUCAGAAAGCCAGCAUUCAUUGAAGCACUUCAGAGUUGGAGAACAGAGCUUCACUGUACUUAUAAUUAGUCUGAGCUCAUGGAUUAUAUGGUGUUACGAGUGUGAUGAAAAAUUAUCAACACAUUGUCAUAAGAAGGUUUUGGCUCAGAUAGUUGAUUUUCUCCAGAAACAUGUUUCCAAAACGCAAACAA